CUCUGUGCCCCAUGGGCUGGCUGUCACCCCCACAUCCCUGUGUCCUGCUCUGCCACGUACCCUGGCCAUGCUGACACCUGCCCACCGUGCCAGGACAGCAAGAGGACACCACGGAAGUGACAACAGGGAACACAACUGCGUGCUGGGGACUAAAGACUUCCUCCCAUUAAUGUCACCUCUACCGAGCCAGGAGGGAAUAAAGGAUGUAGGGCAAAGGGGGAGAAUUUAUUCCCUAGUGAUUUGUUUUAUACUUGAAGGGUCUGGUUCUCAUCCACAGCCUGCAAAAGUAUUUCCUGCCGGCCAGCUGCCAAGGAAACGUGGCCCAAAAAUAACGCAGUGCUUAGUGGGUGCCAUGGCAUGACACAGUGCCUCCCUCCCAGGUGUGAGGCAGCCUCAGAGCAGCAGGAGCACGGCACGUUUGUGGGGGCAGGCUGUGAACAGCCGUGGGCAGAGCUGGAGCUCAUUGCUGCAUUGCUGGGGAAGCAGCCAGCGGUUUGUGGCUGUGCCACUCUGAGCAGGAAGCGUCUUCACGGACACCGGAGUCGUGGUUUUGCUUUUGCCUUUCAGGACGUGUCUCGAAAGCAUCACACCUGGAAGGAGCAGGCUCCGUGGCUGGCUGUGGGCACGGGUGUUCCUGCCAAGGGCUUCCCUGCGGCUGCCUGGAACCCCCCUCGCUGCGGCGUGCCCGACCUGCCCCUGCUGCCCGACGGCCAGAGCGGCCGCAACCGCCAGAAGCGCUUCGUCCUCUCCGGGGGACGCUGGGACAAAACCAACCUCACCUACAAAAUUAUCAGGUUCCCAUGGCAACUUGUAAAAGCUAAAGUGAGAAGGACCAUUGAGGAAGCUUUGAAAGUCUGGAGCGAUGUGACCCCGCUGACCUUCACCGAGGUGCAGGAGGGACGGGCUGACAUCGUCAUCGAUUUCACAAGGUACUGGCACGGAGACAACCUGCCUUUCGAUGGGCCCGGAGGGAUCCUGGCACAUGCCUUCUUCCCCAAGACACACCGGGAAGGAGACGUUCACUUUGACUAUGACGAGACCUGGACGAUUGGGAACAACCUGGGCACUGACCUUCUGCAAGUGGCUGCUCAUGAGUUUGGCCACGUCCUGGGCCUGCAGCACACGGCUGUCUCCAAGUCCCUGAUGUCUCCUUUCUACAUCUUCCGCUACCCCCUCAGCCUGAGUGAGGAUGACAAGCAAGGUAUCCAGUACCUGUAUGGGAAACCUUCACCAGACCCUGACCCAACCCCAACUCAGCCAGCAGAGCUGGCCCAGCCAGACCUCGAAACAAAUGAGAUCACCAACGUGGAGGCUGUGCAGCCCGACGCCUGCCACGCAGCUUUCGAUGCUGCAGCCACCAUCCGAGGGGAGCUGUUCUUCUUCAGGUCCCGCUACGUGUGGCGGCUCCGGGCUGGAAAGCUGCAGGAUGGCUACCCAGCUCUGGCCUCUCGCCACUGGCAGGGCAUCCCCAGCUCUGUCGAUGCCACCUUUGAGGACCCUCUGGGCAACAUCUGGUUCUUCCAAGAUUCUCAAUACUGGAUUUAUGAUGGUGAGAGACGGGUAUCUGGUCCCACCCCAGUCGUGGAGCUGGGCCUCCCUGCAUCCCCUGUGCAGGCAGCUCUGGUGUGGGGGGCUGAGAAGAACAAGAUCUACAUCUUCAGUGGAGGCAGCUACUGGCGCUUCAACCCCCACAGGCGCCAGGUGGACAACAUCUACCCCCGGGCUAUGGCCGACUGGCGCGGCGUCCCGCCGGAGAUCGACGCUGCUUUUCAGGACGAGCUCGGUUUUGCCUAUUUCCUGAGAGGCCGAGAUUAUUGGAAGUUUGAUCCAGUCCAGGUGAAAGUGCUGGAGGGCUACCCACGCCAGAUCAGCCAGGACUUCUUCAGCUGUACACCCUCCUCCAACUCCUUCAGAUGAGGGGGAUGCCUGUGUCCUCCACGCUCCCCUAUCAUCUCCCUUUACCUCCACACAGAGGGUUCUCUCUGCCAUUCCUGGCUUCCUUCCAGGCUCAGCAUCUGACACAACAGGUGUCUGUCACAAGUGACGAAGUUUGCUCCUCUCCAGUUCCAGCAGCCCCAGCUUCAGUUGCCAUCAAUGUAAAAGCAGCUGCCACGUUCUUUACAGGCAAGGGCGGCCACUCUCUUCUAGCAAUAGUAUCCCAAAAGCCAUCAGGCCAGCCUGGAACGGGGUCGUGCUCUCAAAGUUAAUCUGAACCCUAUCCCGUAGACCUGAUCCAACGGCAUUUCCUAUGUUUACACAACUCACUACGGCAGCCCUUUGCUGCUGCAGACGCUGCCCAAGGAGGAAUGAUCCCCCAGCCCGGGGCUUUGAAGGACACCAGAGGAGAAGGACCGUGACGUGCGGCUGCUGUUAGCUGCUCGGGGCAGCCGUGCUGACUGCCAGGGCCCUGCCGCAGCCCUAUCCGGGCUUCAUGUUGUAUCCCCAGUACACGUUAGCAUUUUGUACCGAUCUGUAUACAGACAAGGGGCCCCCUCCAUCCAUCCGUCCCUC